AAAACUUGGUCAGUGGCAAGAAGCAGAAACACUCAAACACAUGAUUUGCUAAACGUAUUGUAGUUACAUUUUUGUUUAUAGCAAUAACUAUUCGGGGUUAACUGCGGUAAGAGAGUAUUUUCAGAUUAAAAAAUAUGCUUCUAUUUUGUCUAAAAGUUAGCAUCCUUCUGUAGAAGGUUCAUUCAAUCUACUUGAUCUAUGCAAUGUUGUUUUCCUCUCUGAGCAAAGUUAAAGCUUUCAUAGUGUGGUCGUGGAAUUACCUUUGGGCAUUUUGGUUUUUGUUGAUUAUCUUCGUUAUUUAUUACUUACGAACCCCACUCCGAUUAGCUGAAAACGUUGCUAUGGGUAUGACAAUCCGGCCUAAUGAAAGUCCAGUCAGGCUUUUCAACUACAAUGUUCCUUAGCACCUUGACGCCUAAAUUCUAUGUUGCUCUGACUGGAACAUCUUCUUUAAUUUCUGGUUUAAUUCUGAUAUUUGAGUGGUGGUACUUCCGAAAGUAUGGUGCCUCAUUCAUUGAACAAGUGUCUUUAAACCACAUUAGUCCAUGGAUUGGUGGAGGUGAUAGUGGAGGAGAUUCCACAACAAACAAUGGUACAAAUAAUACUACUACAACCGCAACUACUCAACAAACUGUACCUGGAAAGUGGUGUGAGCUGUUCAGUCGGUACCGCCACCUGCUUGUAAGGCUGGGAAUUUUGAGCUGCCUGCACCCGUUCAAAGACGAAUGUAAAGUAUGGCGUAAUCCUCUGAACCUGUUCCGAGGAUCAGAGUAUCAGCGAUUCUAUUGGGCGACAAAUAAAGAACCGCUCACUUACUACGAUAUGAAUUUAUCAGCACAAGAUCACCAGACAUUCUUCACGUGUGAGGGGGAUGUCGGCAAAGCUGAAUAUGAGAUUAUGCAGACUGCUUGGAGGGAAAGGAACCCAGUAGCUCGAGUGAAAGCAGCUAAAGAGGCAUUGGAAAAGAGUCCUGAUUGUGUUCCAGCCUACAUACUUCUAGCUGAAGAAGAAGCUACUACCAUCCUGGAGGCUGAAAAAAUAUUAAAACAAGCUCUGAAAUAUGCGGAGGCUAACUAUAGGCAUUCGCAGCAGAUUCAACAUCAGGGAAAUCUCAUGGAGGUUUUGCACAGGCGAGAUACAAAUGUACUUAUUUAUAUAAAAAGGAGACUUGCAAUGUGUGCAAGAAAAUUAGGUAAAUUGAAGGAAGCUGUCAAAAUGUUUCGUGAUUUAGCAAAAGAAGUUCCUCCCAUCAUGAAUGUAUUAAACAUUCAUGAAAAUUUAAUCGAAGCUCUUUUAGAGAUGCAAGCCUAUGCCGAUGUACAAGCGGUCCUAGCCAAAUAUGAUGACAUUAGCCUACCGAAAUCUGCCACUAUUUGCUACACUGCAGCUCUUCUUAAGGCUCGGGCAGUUGCUGACAAAUUUUCUCCAGACAUUGCGAGUAAGCGUGGAUUGACAGCUGCGGAGAUGUCAGCUGUUGAAGCUAUUCACAGAGCUGUUGAAUUCAAUCCUCAUGUUCCUAAGUAUCUGCUAGAAAUGAAGCCUCUGAUACUUCCCUCAGAACAUGUAUUGAAAAGAGGCGACUCGGAAGCAAUAGCCUACUCGUUCUUCCACUUGGCUCAUUGGAAGCAAGUGGAGGGAGCCCUCAAUCUGCUGCACUGCACUUGGGAGGGAACCUUUCGAAUGUUGCCUUAUCCGCUCGAGAGAGGACAUCUCUUCUAUCCUUAUUCAACCUGCACUGAAUGUGCCGAUCGUGAACUAUUACCUGCCUUCCAUGAGGUCAGCGUCUAUCCUAAGAAGGAGCUACCAUUUUUUAUACUAUUCACAGCAGGCCUAUGCUCUUUUACCGCCCUUCUUGCUCUACUCACGCAUCAGUACCCUGAACCAAUGGGUAUUGCGGCCAAAGCAAUGCUUGAAGGGGCAUCCAUGCCUUUCCAUUUCAUAAUGGACAAACUGGAAGCAAUACUUCCUUCGAAUCUACUUCAGCAACUUUCAAGACUGUAAAAGAUUUAUGUGAUUUAUCGAUCAAAACGGGUUUUCAAUACAAUAUUUCCCCAUCUCCGAUGCUCUAGCAUUUUGUCCAACUCAGAGAUAUUUUUUUCUAGAUGUGACUUAAUAAACCUCAUUCUACUUGCGUGAUAAUCAAUCACAUGGAAUCUAUAUGAUCAUAAUGUUCUUGAUUCAUAUUGAAUUUAGCCUUAAAUGAUUGUUCUCUUCGUACUUCGUAAUUUAUGAGUGUUUCUUGUUUUUAAUAGAUAGAUUAUUGUAAUUUUAAUUUAUCUUACGAAAAUUUAGACAAAUACAAAAUAGUAUCUUGAUGAAUGCAUAAUGCAUUUUGUUUUGAUUUUGUGUGAUAAUGUUGUUAACGUUUUUAAAAAUUUCAUAGUAUGGUUGUAAUGACAGUUUAAGGGUAGGUUCUGUUAUCCCUGUCAUCUUACAAUUAUUAAGAGAUAAAACCGACUGAUUGUAAAUAAAGAAUAAUUCGUUC